AUGUGCCACCGCCAGAUUGUCCUCGUUGUCGUUGCAAUCAUGGCUGCUUCCAUCCUGCAAGCCGUCUCCUCCACAGCAACCGCCUCGGCCAACUUGACCGGGGACGAUGCGGCCAAAGCAGCAUACGAUGUCCUGGAGCAGAACAACUUGCCAAGGGGUCUUCUACCACUUGGUGUGAAGUCUUACGUGCUCCACCCAGGUGGCGCUUUUCAGGUGACGCUCCCCGGCGAGUGCAACUUUUUUGUCACGGUCGCUGGAAAGCAAUUCAAGUUCCGGUUUGAGAGCACCGUCAGCGGCACCAUCAAGUCCGGGUCCAUCAGCCGUGUGUCUGGCGUGAGAAUUCAGGUGGAGUUUGCGUGGCUCGGGAUCAACCAGGUCAGCCGUGCUGGUGACCAGCUCAACAUUCAGCUAGAAAAGUCUACCCAGCCAUUCCCUGUCAGCGCCUUUGCCCAGAGCGCACGAUGCAGCUGA